ACACAAUGUCAAGUGGAGAUGAUCUGCAGUUGCAGGCACUUGCCAAACCCACUUUCAGUGAGGUACAAGCCUCUGCCUUAGUGGAGUCGGUAUUUGGGUUAAAAGUUUCUAAGGUCCAUCCACUUCCCAGCUACGAUGACCAAAACUUUCAUGUGUACCUUUCAAGAACCAAAGACACUACAGAUGGCCCAACUGAAUAUGUCCUCAAAAUAAGCAACACUGAGUCUAGCAAAAAUCCAGACCUGAUUGAAGUGCAGAGUCACAGCAUCAUGUUUCUGAGAGCAGCCGGAUUUCCAACAGCCUCUAUGUAUCGCACUAAAGGAGACAACAUAACCUCUCUUGUGUCCGUAGAUAGUGGCUCUGAAAUCAAAAGCUACUUGGUGAGGCUGAUGACUUAUCUCCCAGGAAGAUGCAUAGCUGAGAUUUCCAUCAGUCCCCAUCUAUUAUAUGAAAUUGGAAGAGUAGCUGCCAAACUGGAUAAGACACUGGAGACAUUCCAUCACCCAAAGUUAAGUAGUCUUCAUCGGGAGAACUUCAUCUGGAAUCUGAAAAAUGUUCCUCUUCUGGAGAAAUAUCUGUAUGCCUUGGACCAGAAUCGAAAUCGUGAGAUUAUUGAACAGGUCAUUCAGCUGUUCAAGGAUGAAGUAAUGACCAAACUAAAUCAUUUUCGAGAAUGUAUCAAUCAUGGAGAUCUUAAUGAUCAUAACAUUUUAAUAGAGCCCAGCAAUUCAGCCUUUGGAGAUACUGGAUAUCAAGUGUCUGGGAUUUUAGACUUUGAUGACAUGAGCUAUGGCUACUAUGUGUUUGAAGUGGCCAUAACCAUCAUGUACAUGAUGAUUGAAAGCAAGACUCCCUUACAAGUGGGAGGUCAUGUCCUUGCAGGGUUUGAAAGUAUAAUCCCACUGACAACUGUAGAGAGGGGUGCUUUGUUCCUACUUGUGUGCAGUCGUUUUUGUCAGUCACUUGUGAUGGCUGCCUACUCUUGCCAGCUACACCCGGAGAACAAAGAAUACCUCAUGAUUACUGCAAAAACUGGAUGGAAGCACUUACAACAAAUGUUUGACAUAGGCCAGAAAGCUGUAGAAGAAAUCUGGUUUGAAAUAGCCAACUCCUAUAAAUCUGGGAUCUCCUUGUGA